UACUUAUCACAGCUUGUUCUGCUCUGUGUGUCAGAUGAAAGUUUUCAAACCAUCUCAGUGUUUUGGUGUUAAAGUGGACAGCAAUGUCAAGGCAGUGCGUGUGUGUGUCGGAUUUUGAGGAAGAAGCCAGAAAAGUUCUUCCUAAAGCUGUAUAUGACUACUACCGCUCAGGAGCUGAUGAACAGAACACACUGGCCGACAAUGUCGCUGCUUUUAACAGGUGGUAUAUUGUCCCUCGGGUGCUGAGGGAUGUUGCUACAGUGGAUCUGUCUGUCUCUGUGCUAGGCGAGAAGCUCAGCAUGCCUAUCUGUGUUGCAGCUACAGCAAUGCAGAGGAUGGCUCAUCCCGAGGGAGAGACAGCCACAGCAAGAGCAUGCCAAGCAGUGGGAACAGGGAUGAUGCUGAGCUCAUGGGCCACCUCCACUAUAGAAGAAGUGAUGUCUGCAAUGACAGCCUCAGCGGGCACUGGGGGUGUCCUGUGGUUGCAGCUUUACAUCUAUAAAGACCGAGAGCUCACAUUAUCAUUAGUCCGUCGGGCAGAGGAGGCGGGCUAUAAGGCUAUUUUUGUUACCGUGGAUACACCAUACCUGGGACGGAGAUGGGAUGACAUGCGCAACCGCUUUAAACUGCCCCCACAUCUAAGUAUGUCUAACUUCUCAACAGCCUCCCUGGCUUUCUCUGAGGGAAACUAUGGCAAUGACAGUGGAUUGGCUGUUUAUGUUGCGAAAGCAAUUGACCCCACUCUAUGUUGGGAUGACAUCACGUGGUUAAAAAAACACACGCGUCUACCUGUGAUUGUGAAAGGAGUACUUAAUGGUGAGGAUGCUGUCCAGGCUGUGAACUAUGGUGUCGAUGGCAUUUUGGUGUCCAAUCACGGAGCCCGACAACUAGAUGGAGUUCCUGCCACGGUGGAUACAUUGGAGGAGGUAGUGAGGGCAGUGCAGGGUCGUUGUGAUGUCUACAUGGAUGGUGGAGUGAGGCGAGGGACAGAUGUCCUGAAGGCCUUAGCUCUGGGAGCAAAGGCCGUCUUCAUUGGCAGACCAGUGCUGUGGGGCCUCGCUUGUCAGGGGGAACAGGGGGUCACCGAGCUCCUGGAACUUCUGAAAGAGGAACUGCGACUAGCUAUGGCCCUCUCAGGUUGUCGUUCUCUAUCUGAGGUGAGAAGGUCUCUGGUCAGGAGACAGGAGUUUGCCUCCAGGAUGUGAGAGAAGAACCUGCUGCAGUAAUCACAAGACAAUACGUUCUUUGUGGACCCUUGGACAUUUUGUCAAAUUAAUUCGCUACUUUGUGUAUUCGCACUACUUUGUUAAAAUGUAAUGCUACAGCUGGAUCUCGUGAAAUAGUGUAUCAACAAAUCUAAUGUAAACGUGAUGAAUUAAGAGAAUAAAGUGGCACUGAUUAAUUGUG